GCCCGCGGCACCGCUAGCUCGGGGCCCGCAGCCAUGGCCCGCAGCCUGGACGGCAUCGACCUGGCGGCGCUGCGGGACCCUGCAGGAAUAUUUGAACUGGUGCAAGUUGUUGGAAAUGGGACAUAUGGACAAGUCUAUAAGGGUCGCCAUGUUAAGACUGGGCAGCUGGCAGCAAUCAAAGUGAUGAAUGUUACUGAGAAUGAAGAGGAGGAAAUCAAGCUGGAGAUAAAUAUGUUAAAAAAGUACUCCCAUCACCGGAAUAUUGCUACAUAUUAUGGGGCUUUUGUAAAGAAAAGUCCUGCAGGCCAGGAUGAUCAGCUCUGGCUGGUGAUGGAGUACUGCGGUGCGGGCUCUGUCACUGACUUGGUAAAGAAGACAAAAGGGAACUGUUUCAAGGAAGACUGGAUUGCUUACAUCUGCAGAGAGGUUCUCAGGGGAUUGGCACAUCUUCAUGCUCAUCAUGUCAUCCAUCGAGAUAUUAAAGGACAGAAUGUUCUUCUUACAGAAAAUGCAGAAGUAAAAUUGGUGGAUUUUGGUGUAAGUGCUCAGCUGGACAGGACUAUUGGGAGAAGAAACACAUUUAUUGGCACCCCGUAUUGGAUGGCACCCGAGGUCAUUGCGUGUGAGGAGAACCCAGACUCUACAUAUGAUUACAGAAGUGACCUGUGGUCUCUGGGAAUCACUGCUAUUGAAAUGGCUGAAGGAGCACCUCCCCUGUGUGACAUGCAUCCCAUGAGAGCACUCUUCCUCAUCCCAAGGAACCCACCUCCAAAGUUGAAAUCCAGAAAAUGGUCAAAGAAGUUCCUAAAUUUUGUUGAAAGCUGCCUUGUAAAGCAUUAUUUGCAUCGCCCAUCCACGGAGACCCUGCUGAAGCAUUCCUUCAUCCGAGACAUGCAGAAUGAGCGGCAAGUGCGCAUCAUGCUGAAGGAUCACCUGGACAGGACAAGGAAGAAAAAAGGAGAAAAGGAAGAAACAGACUAUGAUUACAGUGGAAGUGAGGAGGAAGAUGAUGAGCUGAAUGAAGAUGAAGGAGAACCAAGCUCCAUAGUUAAUCUCCCAGGGGAGUCAACUCUCCGCCGUGAAUUUCUGAGGCUGCAGCAGGAGAACAAAACCCGUUCAGACCCUCAUCGGCAGCAGCAGCAGCUGAAGGACCAGGAGAAGUACAAGAAACAGCUGCUGGCAGAGCGGCAGAAGCGCAUCGAGCAGCAGAAGGAGCAGAGGAGGAGGCUGGAGGAUCACCAGAAGAGAGAGCAGGAGCUACGAAGGCAGCAGGAGUGUGAGCAGAGGUGGCCAGAGGCAAAGGUCAGUCAGAGGAAAGAGGAAAGGGGUAAAGAAGACAAAAGGGCUGUGGAAGAUGAAUACUUCAUAGUAGAUGGACAGAGGAAAUUAGAGAAGAAGCAGAAGAUGGAAGAUGUGCAGCACAACAGGAAGAUGCACCGAACUCUCCCCAAAGAUCAGACACAGCUGCUGUCUCUCCAGCAUGAUCACAGGCAGAAGAAGAAGGAGCCUUCGAAGACUUCAAAUGCAGGAGUGCAUCCUCCAUCAAGCAGCACAAGCAAAGAGGCCGAGGACCAAAGAGGAGCAAAGAAGAGUGACAGCAUCCAGCCCUCCCUGCAGUGGCCAGUGGCGCUGGGACACGAGGCCACCCCACAGCCCAGGAUGGGAUCCGGGAGCAGCUCCAGCCCCUGCACCCCUGCACCACAGAGAGCCCUGGUAGUGCAGUGUGACAGCUUCCGGGCUAGUAAGGAUGUGUACCACAGCAGCUCUCUGUCAGACAUGGUGACAGCACCGCUCAGCCCCGGCCAGGACGACGUGUUCUGGAGCGUGAGCCACAGCAAAGAGCAGCCCCCAAAGGUUCCAGAAAGGACAACCUCGAAAUUCUACAGCAGGGAUCAGCCUGGCCCUCAGAGGUGCCUUUCAAGUAAUACUCAUCAGUCAUCCCCCGGGGGACAUGCUCUGAAGCUGAACAGUAGCAGCAGCACUCCUGGCACCAAGCAGUGGGAGAUGGGAUCUCAUCAGAGCAGCUGGUCAACCUCAGGAAUCCCAGGGAAUCCAGGACUUGCCAAGACAGAGAAUGUUUUGUCCCAGAACCACAUGCAGUUGCAUCAGAAGCCUGAAAAAGUUUCUCAUCCAGGCCAGAUUGCAAGUCCAGGCUCCUUUGCCAAGGUGAAGGACAGUGCCAACUCCUUGUUAAAAGCAGCAGACUAUUCCUCCUCAAGUGACGAAGUCAGCAGCAGCAGCAGCAGCAGCAGUGAUGAAGAUGAUACAAACCACACAAGGCAACUGCUAAGCGGCAGAAUUGCAGAUUUCUCAAGGACAAGGGUACCAGAUGGAAUUGAACUGAAACCCCAAAGCACCGUGGCAGAACAGAAGGAUCAGAUUUUAGUGAAACAAAUUCCAAACACCCAAGAAGGCCUUUGGAGCAUAAACAAUCAGAACUAUCUCCUGCCAGAUCUCCUCCAGCAAAGCCAAAUUACAGAUUCCUCUGUGAACCCGCCACAAGUGCCACUGACUUGCCAGGAACCUCAGAACAAACCUCUGACAAAGAGCCCAUGUGCUGAAAGCCCACCUGCCAAGAUCAGUACAUCCUCCACAACAUCCUUCACAUCAUUCAUAGAUCCAAGACUUCUGCCAAUCACCCCUCCCACCAGUCCAGUAGGACCUUCCUGUAGUUCUCCAUCUAGUGCCAAACCUGAGCCUGUCAGGAGGGAAAAUGCAAGGAAGGGCUCCGUUGUCAAUGUCAAUCCAACCAAUAUCCGCCCACAAAGUGACAGCCCAGAAAUCCGUAAAUACAAGAAGAAAUUCAACUCCGAGGUCCUGUGUGCUGCUCUGUGGGGAGUAAAUUUAUUGGUGGGAACAGAGAAUGGAUUGUGGCUGCUGGACAGAAGUGGGCAAGGAAGAGUUUAUACGCUAAUUACAAGGAGACGCUUCCAGCAAAUGGAUGUUCUGGAAGGACUUAAUGUGCUAAUUACUAUAUCAGGGAAGAAGAAUAAAUUGAGGGUGUAUUACUUGUCAUGGUUGAGAAAUAAAAUUUUGCGCAACGAUCCAGAGGUGGAGAAGCGACAAGGCUGGGUGUCCGUGGGUGAUCUGGAAGGCUGUGUGCACUACAAAGUCGUAAAAUAUGAGAGAAUCAAAUUCCUUGUAAUCGCUUUGAAAAACUCAGUGGAGGUUUAUGCUUGGGCUCCAAAGCCUUAUCACAAAUUCAUGGCUUUUAAGUCCUUUACCUCACUUCAUCACAAACCACUGUCAGUUGACCUGACUGUUGAAAAUGGGCAAAGACUAAAGGUCAUAUAUGGCUCAGUAGUGGGAUUUCAUGCCAUUGAUGUGGACUCUGGAUCUGUGUAUGACUUGUACCUUCCAACACACAUCCAGGGGACAAUUCGCCCACAUGCCAUUAUCAUCCUCCCGAACACCAGCGGCAUGGAGCUCCUGCUCACCUAUGAAGAUGAAGGCAUCUACAUUGAUAUAUAUGGGCAUUUCACAAAGGAGACUGUUCUGCAGUGGGGAGAAAUGCCAGCAUCUGUAGCUUACCUUCAGUCCAAUCAGGUCAUGGGCUGGGGAGAAAAAGCAAUUGAACUACGCUCUGUGGAAACAGGAAAUCUGGAAGGAGUAUUUAUGCACAAGAAAGCACAGAAGCUAAAAUUUCUAUGUGAAAGAAAUGACAAGGUGUUCUUUGCUUCUGUACAGUCAGGAGGCAGCAGUCAAAUAUACUUUAUGACUCUUGGUCAAAAUGUACUAUUCAACUGGUAAAGCACAUCAAAAUGAAGAAAAUGAAAAAUUCCCUAUAGGUAGCAGUGUAAAAUUCUCAGAGGUAAUACACACAAAUUUGCACUUCUUACCUACAAAAAUGUCAUUAUUAACUUACCAAAAUUCAUAUUCUUUCAGUCUGGAAAGAAUUUCAUUUUCCUGUUGAAGUAUUGCAGACAUGUUUAGUUUGUCUUUCAAAGCAUGUUGCAAACAAAGAUUGUAUUAGGAGACUUCAGUGAAGAAUGUAGCCAAUAUAAGAAGCUCCUGUACUCUGAAGAAUGGACAGUUUCACAGGUGAUGUAAUGUUGGUAUCUUGAACCGAAGUCACUUUUUAUGGACAACAACAGCUAUAAUAGGUAGAUACAAAAAUACAAUCUAUUUUGAAUUGGGUUUGGACUCAUUUUGCAGUUUAAGCAAGGUGUUAGUGUGUCACCGAGAUGAACUUGAAUGACUUGUCCAAGUCUUACAGUAGUGAAAGAGCAACAGCCUGUGGUGGCUUGAGGGAUCCUCCCUCCUUGGACCUUGAGGAAUCAUCCCCUGUGCUGGGUGAACAGGUGUGUUUCAUUAGAGUUACAAAAAUAGUUAAUGCUGAACAUGUGCCCCAUCUGGGAUUUUUACAAAUGCAGAGGGGGACAGACUUUAUGUUUCUCUCAGGGCUGGAUGCCUGAGCCUAUAGACACAGUUACUGUAGGAUGUAUUGUAAAAACAGUUAAAUAGUCAAAAUCAUAGAUGCAUAAAGCAUUAUGAAGCAGAACCUCUAAGUUUUAUUCACACCUGGGACCCGCACUCAUAUGAAUUGAUUUAAAGGCACUACCCAUGUAUAUAAAUAAGGGCACAAGAGCAGGCACUUUCUUUUCUUCCUUCUUGCUCUUUCACAUAAGUCUUUACGUAUGUGUGUAAAUAUAAUCUUUAAACGAUGGAUGUUAAGAUUAACAAAUGUAUUCUUAAUAUAGUUAUGAAAAUAUCCAAAGAGUUAAUCUAUUAUAAAUAGAAAAUAUAAAUAAUUCCAGGUGCUUUCUAUGCUAAUUACAUCUAAAUAAAGCUGUGUCUUCUAGCGUUAUUGGUGCCAGUGUUUGUGCAUAAACUCUGUUCUCAGGGGCUUAUAAGUUGGCCAUAAAACUAUAGAGAUAUAAUAUAUAUAUAUUAUAUAAUCAUAUACUAUGAUUCAGUUGUAGGGUUUAAUGUAAUCCUUAUGUAGCUGAUUUUUGGACGUGCUUUGAAAAUGUAAAGCAUCAAAUGUAAUACAAAAGAGCUCAUUCCAGACAUGAUACAGUAGGGAUAAUGCUGUGGGCAAAAGUGAAAUCACUAGUUCCAGUGCUUGAAAACAGGUAUUUUUACUUGAAAUAUUUGAUACUGAAAGGUGCAGGGAAAGUGUGUUGGAAUGUCUGGUUGUCUACCUCAAGGAUGAUGGUUCUAUGUUGACUAAGAGGGCAGAAACAGAGUUGUUGGAACUGGUAGCUGCAUUGUCCAGUACGUCAGUUCAGGUGCUGACAGUGAUGCUGUGACUGACAGGCGCUCAGAACUGCUGUCCCUGUGUAUGUCAGCAGGGAAUCAAACUAGGGGCUAAUCACCUUUCCCCUUGCUCCCUGUGCUGGCAUCUCACUGCUGCAGGCACAUCAGAGGUGCCUGCACUGUUGCUGUUACGUUUCUGGCUAUAUGGAGGACUGCACUUUCCAAAGUUACUAACCUAGCACUUUUCACAAGCACUAGCUUAUCUCAAAAUGUAUAGUUUUUUAAUGAAGUAUUUUCCUUUUAAAUGUUUAACUAACAGAAAAAUAAGCCUAAAGCCAUACUAAAAAAAUGCAGUUAAAUACUCAAAGUGGUUCUUAAUGUAUGUGAGUAAUUAUCUUGUGUGCAGACUUGAAACCUGAAUGGAAACUGCUUGGGCAGAACUGUGUGACAACAGGAGCUCUGUCUGGUUGUAGCAAUUUUUCUGCCUGUUGCCAGGGCCUGGCUUGGCUCCCUGUGCUGCUGAACAGUUGGGCUCAUUGCAUUUGACUCACAGAACAAACAAUGGGGUGGGGGGAAUAAAAAACAAACAAACAACAAAAACAAACCCCAAAGUCUGUAACAGAACCAGGGAUGAACAUUACAAUUACUAGCAAAAAGCAAGUUGCAGACAAUCAACUUAUCAGCAACUUACUUGCUUUUGACUUAAAAGUCUAAGAGACUGUAAAGGAAGAGCUUUCAUUUUGCACACAGUAGGUGUUGCAAAACUUGCAAAGUUGCUCAUGCUGUAAGAAAUCAGUGAUCCAGGCUGCCCUGUAGUAUUUUUAAUGUGUGCUUAUCUCAGCAGCCUCUGCAUUACAGAGGAUGCAUGUGAAUUUUGUCCCUCCCCUGUUGUGGUGUCAACAGGUAGGAGGUAGAUAUUUUCCUGAUGCUAGCAAAGAACAGUGGGAAUUUAUAAUAACAACCCAUAUCAACAGAUUAAAGAAGCAAAUGUAAUCAGAUUUGUUUAAGUUUACUGUAGCAGAAAAUCAUGACAAUAAGUUGACACGCUGUGAAGAAGUUUAACUCCAUGCUAAAAGGGAAAAAACCCAAACAACCCCAAGUUCAAGAGAGGGAAUAUGCACUAUUACAUUUGGAUUGUAAUUAUUCAUUCUGUUUCCCUCUAGUAGCUUUUUCUUCUUUCUAGUUACAAUUCAAGGCAGUGAGCUGGAUUUUCGUCUUCUAUUCACUAUAGAAAAACCAUUCAAAAUCUUCCAUAUGAUAUUAUGGAAAGCAUGAGGCACCUAGAGGUGAAUGCUUUUGAAGGAUUUAGAAGUAGUAUUGCAAAUAGCAAUAGCAAUUGGAUGCAACAAAGAGAAACUUGUAGGACUGUCUCUCUAUCAAGAGACAGUCAGAAUGGCUGCAGAUGAGAAAGAGCCCAGAGAUGUUGAAAACAACUGAAAAAAGGGUAAGUGACUGAAGAGGAGGGAAAAGCUGAAGAAAAUAAACAAGAAUAGCCAAAGGGGAGGGAGUGGAUGUCUGGCACAGCAUAUUGCUGUAGGAGGAAUACAAAAGAUUAAAAGAUGUUAGGAAAAGAAAGCAGCUAAAGAAAUUGAAAGGUACCUGAAGUGAUUGAGGGGAACUGAAUGAGGGAGUCUUUUGAAUAACUGUUCAGCUCAAAGCAAAAGUACAAAGGCCAGAAGAAUCCAGUAACCAAGGUUAUCCAGACCUAGUUUUAACUAUGCAAAAUAUGUAUCAGAUUUGUAAUUACAUUUUGUGAGGUGUUUUCACUAGCUGUACCCUUUCACUAACUUUUAAAACCAAGGAGUGAACUGCUUAAUGUGUUUUUCUAGUGAUGUCACUUUGACAUGAAAAAAUGCUACAGGGGCAGAAUGUUAAGGAUCCAUGUCAUUAACCCUUUGGUAUAUGCAGUCUCCUGCAGGUGGUGCUCAUAAUGUUGCAUUUGCCACACAAGGUUGUGCUAAUGCUGCAGCAAUGUAGAACUGUGUGUAUGUGCCUGCUUUCAUUUUAGGCAUGGUGAACUCUCUUUUGCAGCCUGAACCUUGGCACAUGACUUUAAAACCUGGGAACCAUGCAAGUUAUGUACUGUACACUAUGUAUUUUUCUCUAAUGUUGAAAUUGUACAAUUGAAACAGUAAUAAAAAUACUCUGAAA